GGACUCAGGCGUGCGCGUCAAAAGCUUGACAGCAUAAUGCGCGUUCUCGUGCUCACAAGGAUACGUGUUUACUUUCCUAACCACCUUUGAAUUGGGAGAGGGGGACCAACAGGGAGAAAUAGAAGAGAGAAAGGAAGUGGAUAUAUCAGUGUAGAAGGACAACACUAACUGGUCGUGGGACAGAGGAUUAUCGGAGUUAGCUAGACUGGUAAAGGAAACUGUUCAACCUUCAUCUUCGUUGCAGCGUUCGAAGUUGAAGUAUCAUCAAGGUCAGUUCUCCAAGGUCCGCUACGGAACUCGUCUUAAGAAACUAGGUGGCGUGGAAACCACAAACCGCCGGUGAGGAUGGAGCAGGCGUACGGAGCAGGCAAGGCUGGCGGAGCAUUUGACCCUUUGACGUUCUUUCAGCAGCCUCAAACAAUUGUCCGACUAGUAUGUUGGCUUUUCUCCGUAGUCAUUUUUGGCUGUAUUGCUAAUGAGGGCUACGUCAACCGACCGGACGAGAUUGAAGAAUACUGCAUCUUCAACCGCAACCAGAAUGCCUGUAACUAUGGUGUUGGCAUGGGAACUUUGACGUUCCUCUGCAGCGCCGGUUUCCUGGCGCUGGACAUCUACUUCCCCCAGAUCAGCAGUGUCAAGGACCGCAAGAAGGCCGUCCUGGCAGACAUCGGUGUCUCAGCAUUCUGGUCCUUUAUGUGGUUUGUUGGUUUCUGUUUACUGGCCAACCAGUGGCAGAUGUCUAAGGAGGAGGACAACCCACUGAAGGAGGGGGCAGAUGCGGCUCGGGCCUCCAUCACCUUUGCCUUCUUCUCCAUCUUCACCUGGGCUAUUCAGGCAUUCCUGGCUUUCAUGAAGUACAAACAGGGGGCCGACUCGUCUCUCUUCAACCAGGAAUACGCCGACCCCAGUCAGGAUCCAAACGCAGCACCCCCUGCUGGCACGGAGUACACCGGCUACACUGCUGACAUGGAGGCCCCGGCCAACACGGAUGCGGGCUACGAUGGCUCCGGUGGCUACCAGAGCCAAGACUACUGAGUGCAGCUGUGUUAUGUUGUGUCUAGGCUGGCAUGAUGCCGUCUGUAUUAUUGUAUAUCACUCAGUGUGGAUGAGUUGGGGACCUCUGGGCUAGGUUAUCAGGGACUUUGUUGUGGCUGUGUUGCGAUGGUAGCUGUUGGGUGGGCUUGAGUUGUGUUGUCUCAGAGUGGCAGUUAGCUACUGGGUGUGGGGAUCUGGGUCAUCUUUGGGGAUCUGGGUAUGAAUAUAAUGUCAGGGCUUUAGGUGGUGUUUGGGAUCUUUGUGGUGAAUGAGAUCAAAUGGGCUGGUCAUGUUACUAAAUUUGGAUUAAGGGCCUUUUACAUUUGUGGGAGGGUUGGAGACUUACGUGUUUCAGGAGUUUAUCUGUAUGUUGAUGACAUUGGUCAGGAGUGAUUUGGCGAGUAGGCCUUGUGUUUUUCUGUACCAGCUUGCCUUCGACUUCAGGGGUGAAGGGGAUAAUGUUACAGUGUGCUGCUCACCUUUUUAAAGAAACUUCAGUGAGCAGUUUCAAAGGGAGAAGAAUCACAGCCAAGAUUCCUUCAUGAGAUGUUACACACAAACACACUCUUGUGAGAAUGCUUCAUUUUUACCCUAAGAUACAUGACCUUUGGUGUUUGUGUGCAGUAAAAUGAAUUACUGAUCGCCUGACUCUGUGUUUAACUGGUUUGUAACCAGGCCAGUUGAGUGCUACAGAGGACCACAGUGUCUUGGGUCUCCUAAUAAAGAACCAUAGAAAUGUGUGGAUUUCCUACUUAUUCACUAAUGGCUUCUUAUAAUUACUGAGUCUAUAGCCAGUUACAGCUUUCAGACCUGCCAGAGCAUCAGAUGAUUAACCAUUUGCCCUCAAGCAAAAGACACUUAUCUCAUAAGCAUUUUCAACUCUCUUCUACAGUGGCUAUUUUGCAUGUCCCUCACACCUUACAAAGGCUCCCUAUACAAACAUGAAAUGCUCCACCUUGAUUACUGUGAUAUGCUACUGUUCGGGAAAUCUUUCUUGGUUUUCAGAACACUUGGGAACUCUCAAGGCCUGUCAAGAGAGCACCCAAAUAAUUUUCACAUUUCAGGAGCCUAUAAAGGUCUGGAGAAGGUAUUAAAUAUCUAAGUAUGGCGUCCUUCUCUAAAAUGGUCUAAAUAAUCUUUUUUUUUGUCACAGCUCACACUGGCCAAAUUUGACACAAUAAACUUUACAGUAUACAGCCUAUAUUUCAGUGUCAGAUAUACAGCCAUGAAAAGUAGCCUAACCCAUUGUUGUAUUUUGGCAAAACAGUUGCACCACUCAUAGAGGUUUGACAAACUGGUUCAAAACAUGCCUUUGCUCUGUCCACUCACUCUGUCAAGCUAGAGUCACCUAGAUAACAAGAGCCAUAUUUUAGAUCAGAAGAGGAACAAUGUUUCGAUUGUAAUGAGAGAUUUAAGGCACAGCAAUGCUAGAAUUCUGUUUAACCCAGUAUUUAAAAAACCCUUUUGCAACAUUCCAUCACCAAAACCAAUGAAGCAUCCCCAUUAUAUUCAUAUUCUUGACAAAGGCCUCUUGUAACAUCACAGUAAUACUUGUAUACCAGCAAAUUAUCUCCAGCCAACCCUUGUGAAUGCUUUUCUCCCUGUAUUUCUGUAAAAUGGAUAUCACAAUGCAUUUUAUUUUUUUAAAGCACUUGUGUAUAGGCCUAAGUGCAAAAAUAUAUAAAGUAUACUCAAUGUUUUUUUUUUUGUCAUUCAAAAAUGUCUAUAUAUUUUAAAUAUAUAAAUAUACAAACAUAUAGUGUAAAUGCACCACAUUAUUUUGCAGCAGAUAUGUAACUAUAUCUAACUAUAUCAGAAAGUGAAUUUUUAAAAAUGAAGAUCAUUUACAUGUAAAUGUAUAUAAAUAAAUGUGUUUGUCAUGUCUUGAUGUCAUG